GAUGUAAGCUGUUUAGUUGCAAUAAUGUAACUCUGCUCUCCGUUAACACUACGUGUCGCCGGACGUAGGACGAAGACAGUUAUGUUUAUCACAACUAUAAGCUGUUUAAAAAUGGUUGUUCGACGAAAACUUGAGCUCACUGUGUUGGUGAUUGUGAGCAUCCUGGCAUCUGCUGUCAGUGUCAAGUUCUGCUGGUAUGGAGAGGACAACAAAAUGAACAUGACUUGCUCAACUGGGGACCUACAUCCAGCAAACAUGAUGUCCAGGGCAGCUGAGAAUGAUGCCUCUGACUCCACAGAAAAUGAGCCAGGUCAUUUGGAGCCUGAAAGGGACUACCAGUGUAUGGUAUUUCUAUACAAUGAAACUUACAAGUGGAAAGACGGUGUUGACAUUGUUCCCCAUGUGAACUUUACCUGUGAUUUACAUCGAUAUUGCCAUGGCUUGCAAGGCGAAGGUGGAGUGAAGUUCAGAGUGGAUGGACAUGAGGGACUGCUGUACUGCUGCAACUCAACAGACAACUGUAACACUCCCGCUGUGCUCACCAGACAGAAGUGUUACACAGGCUCAGGAGGAUCACAUCAUGAAUAUGAGGUGACAGACUGUGCGAGUACUGAGUUGUAUUGCAGCACUGUUACAUCAAACAAUAUUGUUCACACUGGAUGUGACGUGAAAAAUGUGUGUACACAUCUCAACAAAGAUGGAGCUUUGAGUCUAUGCCACUUCUCUGAGGACACAGAGGAGGAGACCUGCUGCUGUCAAGGGCCGUUGUGUAACAAUCCAGGCCCCUCACUGGGGCCGGCUAUGGUGAAGCGCACACAGAGCUCCCUACAGAAGACCCUGUUAAUUGUAAUAGGAGUCACACUUGGGGUUCUGCUCAUGGGAGUGGCAGUGUACAUGUAUAGACGCUUCAGACCUGGGUCAUUGUCAACGGAGAGUCCCUCGAAGGUUCAGUACCAUAGCACCCAGUACAGCACAGUUGCAGGGGAAGUGGAUGAUGAUAAGGUGCACAUAAUACAGCAUGAUGGGGCCGCUACAGACCGCAGUAGAAAUAAGCAAGCUGGAAUGGAGAUGUUGUGAUUAAAGGUCCCAAACCAUGCAACAAUUGACUGUUGAUAAUUUGCAAUUAUAGUAUUCUACCGAUGGUAGAAACUUUACAAUCAUAGUUAUAUUAGAUUGCUUAGGUGGUAUCAGCUUGUUCAGCACCAUAAUGCUGCUACAGAGUUGAGUAAAAAAGAAGCAGCCUAGCAUGGAGAUGUUGUGAUUCAUGAACAAUUUACAACAAUUGACUGUGUAUACUUUGCAAUAUUAGUAGAAACUUUACAAUCGUAGUUAAAUUAGAUUUCUUUAGUGGUAUCAGAUGAUACACUGUACAGCAUAAUAGUGUUGUUAAAGACAUCAGUACAAUGAAGCAACCUGACAUGGAGAUAUUGUCAUGAAUGGUCCCAGCUGUUUGCAUUAAUUGACUAUAGAUACUUUGCAAUCAUGCAAAUAGUAGAGACUUUUGACAAUCAUUUUUGCAUUAGAUUGCUCAAGUGGUAUUUAUGCAUGUUUAUUUUUAUGUGAAGGUAGUCCUUUUUUUAUAUAAAACAAGGUGCCAUUUAUUUAUUGUUAUUAAAAUGCCAAUUUGCUUGACAUGAAAAGGUAUUUCAUGAUAUUAGCAGUUUAUAACAGCAUGCCAUCGUCAGUUUGUAAUUUACGCUUUUCUGAGCUGAGGUAACUCACUAUGUACUGAACUUAUUUUGUCAGUGUCUGUCCCUAAUCAACUAUAGCCAACAAUCUCCCCCAAGAUUGCUAUGUAGGAAUUAAAUACACAUAGGGAAAAGUUCCUUUUGUGUGUCUCUAAAACAACUUACUUUCUUCUUUUUUUUGCUUCAUCAAAUGUUUCAAGUUAUAUAUUUUUUGUUAAUUGUCAAGGUCCCAAAAGGGCUUACUUACUUUAGUUUUAAUUGAAAACUUGAAAGCGUUCAAAUGAUAAUUGUCUAGGAUUAGAUUAAUCGGGUGCGCAGAAUUUUCCUUUUAUGUUUUUUUUUAACUUGACAAAUAUUUUAUGAUGACUUUUGAAAUUUUCAUUUGAAACAUGCAAUAGCAAGAUUCAGGACAAUUUUGCCCUUUUGCUUUAUAUUAUUUUUAUGUAAAAUCUUAAAACCAAAAUUGAAAUAUAUUACGGUUAUCUUAUUUUACAUAUAGAAUGUUUUGUAAAUGAAUCAUUGAAUAAAGCCAGUAAUUUAGUUAUAAUAGUUCAAACAUAUUUAUCGUACAUUUUUGUAUCAAAAUACACAAUACAAAAGGUAUUCGAGAAGGAUUGAAAUUUAAUUCUUAUGUAGUUUUUCUGCUAAAUAUAAUAACGUUAUUAAAUGCUUCUACUGGUAUUUACUUAGUUGCAUAUGCCUGUAUCCAUGUAUAUGUAUUAUUUUUACUAUAUAUGUUACAGUUUCUUAAUAACUUUUUUAAUAGCUUGUUGUUGUAAAUAACUGUUUUUGAUUGGAGAAUACAAACAUUUAAUUCUGAAAGUUUAUCGCUUUUUAAUCACAAAUGUUGCGAAAAAUUAAAGUUUUCACCAGUAUAAAAAAAUGUGUUAUAUUGCAUGGAUAAAAAAAUGAUUUUCUACUGAAAUCAGCAAAUUAUGUUGUUUAUAUGUGAGAGGCUAACUGGAGAAUUUUGCUUGAAUAAUGAUGUAUUUAUGUCAUUUUACUAAUAUUUGGAGUCCAAAAUCAUGGACAAUCUUAUCUGCAUUGUAUAACGCCCAGAAUUAAGUAUUAGAAAUCAUUGCGAAACAUUAUUCAUGUCUUAAACUUUUUUUCUUACUGUUAACAAUGUUAAAUCACUGUAAUAGUCCUAUAAACCCCCCAAAAGAAUAAAAUAAAUAUUUCAUAAUAAAUUAUUUGUAAUCAUUUUAAUGUAUUGUUAAUAUAAUUAUAUUGUUUCCAAUUUUUGUGUGUUUAUUUACUUGUGCAUAGAGUAUGUUGGUAUGUAAUUUUUCGUUGUGGCCAUAUUUAUAUGGCUAAUAAAUUUAUUUAAUUUGGUUCUUCAAAAAAUUCUUAUUUAAAAUUGUUUAAAUGAUGAAAGUAGUUUGUUGGAUUUAUUCAGACUUAAGCAUGUGCACUUUAUUUCGAGUAUUAUUGGGCUUAGUGCAUGUGUGUAACGUAUUGUCCAAGAUUAGCCUGUGCAGUUAGCACAGUCUAGUCAGGGAUGACACUUCCCGCUUUUAUGGAUUUUUUUGCAAAAGUGA